GCUCUGCGCCGCCUCGCCCCUCUCUCACCACGCCGCAAAUCUGGAUCGACGGCGACGAGCGACGCCGCGUUUCCUCGCCACGCCGACAGUGACGGGCGGCGCGACCGUUCCUCACCACACCGGACGCAGACGGAUGCGCCUCCCCUGGUUUCUCGCGGAACGUGAUGAGCCGGAGCAGUGAGGAUGAAGCAAGAAAAGUGCAACGGAAGAGUGCCAAGAAGCGAAAAGGUCAAGCUUCUUCGAGGUCGAGGUCGAUGGUUUGGACCUUCUUUCAUAAGGUAAAGGUGCCAUCGAAAGAAGGUUUGAUGGCGUUGAAGGCACAACGUAAUUAUUGGUGUGCAGUGCUAGUUAUACCAAAGGUUCUCACGAGGACUUCAAUGUGGUGGAGAGGGAUGAAGAUGAGGAGGACGAUGUUAAGAAUAUCAAGUUGCCCAAGAUUGUUGAUGUGGGGGAUAACAACAAUUGACAUUCGUCAUGUGGGUGUUGCUCUUGCUGUUUUGAAGAUGGAUGUCUACAUGAUCUUGUCACGUGGAUUGUUCAGGUCAAUGUGAUCGUCUUGUGCCAUUUCUUUUGUUGUGAUGAGCUUCGAGUUAUGUGUUUGUUGUGAUGAACUAUGGAUCUUCAAUGAUGUUGUGAUGAACCAUGCACUUUCAAUGACGUUGUUGUGAAUUUGUGAUGAACUAUGGACUUUGUAUUAUGUGGUUUUCACUAGUCAAUGUUUGGCUGUCAACAUUUUCUCAUUUUUUAUGUCAAAGUGUUGAGUGUUAUGCUAUACAAAAUUUCUUUGUUUGGCUGUCAAUAUUUGAUGUUUUGUUGUGUAAAGUUCAAA